AUGGGUCGGAAGUGUGGGCUCUUUCGCAUGGAUUUUGCGCUUUCUGGCCCUGCGAGCAAGCAGUACUUUCAGGGGGAUGGCAACGAGAUCAAGCGCUGGACACGGGAGGCAAUGGGCCGCAACCGCGUGACCAAGGUUUGGGAUGAGUCCGGCCGAGUCCUGGCAGCCGAGGUCGUCGCAGCGCAGCCCCGGCGAGCAGAGUCGCCAACAGCCGAGGUGGCUAUCCCGGACAUCCAGACUAGUCAGGCUCGAAGCUGCAUCUUCUUCGAUUGGGACGACACGCUAUGCCCGACGUCCUUCUUACAGCAAGUGGUGCUGCCAUGCUUGCCACAGAUCCCAGGGCAAGAGCUCCCACGAAUCCGUAAGGAGAACCCGUUCUACGAGGAACUCGCAGCUACAGCCAAGCUGAUUGAGGAGGUCCUACGUGCUGCAAAGAAGCUUGCCUCCGUGGCCAUUAUCACUUUGGCGCGAAGACCAUGGCUGAACGAUGUUUCGGAGGCCUGUCUUCCUGGCCUCAAUCUUCCGAGCCUGCUAACGGAAUUGCAGAUCCCCGUGCUCUAUGCAAGAGAGCAUGUGCCCAUGGCAGUCGCGAACAUGGGAUCCCCUGGAGCGUACAUACGGGCAAAGCGGGAUGCCAUGAGAAGCUGUGUGAAGCAACUCUUCGGGAACACAGCAAACGUGAAAGGCUUCAUCAGCAUUGGCGAUUCCGAGAUCGAGCACUGCGCCCUUCAGCAAUUGGUGGGGAGCAUUGGCGCGAGCUCCAUGAUGCAGACGCCUGCGAGCGGAAUGCCUCACUGCAAGAUUGUUGGGGAGCCCAGCUCGCAAGGUCCGUCCCCGUCCGAUCCUUGUGAACCCAGGCCCAAGCUCAAGCGUGCUGCGAUCUGCAGAUCACAUCGGACGGGCAGACAUGCAGGUCAUUGCAGGUUCGAGAUGGCAUUCCAAAAGAACUCCGAUGUGUACACGCAGCUGCCAAGAGCGAUGCACACAACAAGCUGA